AUGAUGAAGUCUUCUUUACAUGCAGAAGAGGAUGAUUUUGUGCCAGAGCUUCAGAGAAGUAUUCAUCCCCGCGAAAGGCCAGAUUGGGAAGAGACUCUCAGUGCAAUGGCGAGAGGAGCAGACAUCCCUGAUAUUUCAGGAGAGCUACCAUUGCGAACAUGUGGCAGCACAGCUAGCAUGAAAGUGAAGAACGUGAAAAAGUUAUCCUUCACGAAGGGCCACUUUCCAAAGAUGGCUGAAUGUGCUCACUUCCAUUAUGAAAACGUGGACUUUGGCAAUAUACAACUUUCACUCCCAGAGGAACAGAAUGAAGUAACAAGAAAUGGCUGUGAAUCCAAGGAACUUGUCUACCUUGUACAAAUCUCUUGUCAGGGCAAGGGCUGGAUUGUGAAGCGGAGUUAUGAAGAUUUCAGAGUACUUGAUAAGCAUCUUCACCUAUGUAUUUAUGACCGGCGCUUCUCCCAGCUCUCAGAGCUACCCCGUUCCGAUGCCUUGAAAGACAGCCCGGAGCUUGUCACCCAGAUGCUGAUGGCUUACUUGUCACGUCUCUCAGCCAUUGCUGGCAACAAGAUAAACUGUGGUCCUGCUCUCACAUGGAUGGAGAUUGAUAACAAGGGGAAUCACCUGCUAGUUCAUGAAGAAUCGUCCAUUAAUGUCCCUGCUAUAGCAGCUGCCCACGUUAUUAAAAGAUACAUUGCUCAGGCUGCUGAUGAAUUGUCCUUUGAGGUGGGAGAUAUUGUAUCUGUUAUCGAUAUGCCUCCAAAGGAGUUGACCACCUGGUGGAGGGGAAAACAUGGAUUUCAGGUUGGAUUCUUUCCUAGUGAAUGUGUUGAACUAAUUAAUGACAAAGUUCCUCAGUCUGUGACCAAUUCUGUGCCAAAGCCAGUCUCCCCUGCUCAUGGAGCCCGUCCAGCGUCCUGGAGCUACUUCCCCCCUUAUUUGGAGAUGGAUAGUGUAAAACCAGGUUCAGCAUGUGUUUCAGAGACCCUGAACCAAUCCCAGCUGAGUUCAGUAUCAAAAAAACACGGCAAGCUUAUAACUUUCCUUCGCACAUUCAUGAAGUCUCGGCCAACCAAACAGAAGCUGAAGCAGCGGGGGAUCCUAAAGGAGAGGGUGUUCGGCUGCGACCUUGGAGAGCAUCUCCUCAACUCUGGCCAUGAUGUCCCCCAGGUCCUCAAGAGUUGCACUGAAUUCAUCGAGAAACAUGGCAUUGUGGAUGGAAUAUACCGUCUGUCUGGGAUUGCUUCCAAUAUCCAGAAGCUACGGCAUGAGUUUGACUCCGAGCAAAUCCCUGACUUGACGAAAGAUGUAUACAUUCAAGAUAUACACUGCGUGGGUUCACUGUGCAAGCUGUAUUUUCGGGAACUCCCAAAUCCCCUGCUCACCUAUCAGCUGUAUGAGAAAUUCUCAGAUGCUGUGUCUGCUGCUACAGAUGAAGAACGAUUAGUUAAAAUCCACGAUGUCAUUCAACAAUUGCCACCGCCCCACUACAGGACGCUGGAGUUCCUGAUGAGACACUUGGCUCAUCUGGCUGAUUACUGUGCCAUCACCAAUAUGCACACAAAGAACUUAGCAAUCGUCUGGGCACCAAACCUACUGAGAUCAAAGCAGAUAGAAUCUGCCUGUUUCAGUGGGACAGCUGCUUUCAUGGAGGUUCGAAUCCAGUCAGUGGUUGUGGAGUUCAUUCUCAAUCAUGUGGAUGUCCUUUUCAGCUCCAAACUCAGCUCGGUUAUUCGAGAGAGUGCAGGCCACAGCUCUUUGUCACGGCCUAAAUCUCUGCUGGUAUCUUCUCCCUCAACAAAACUGCUCACGCUGGAGGAAGCACAAGCGAGGACUCAAGCCCAGAUAAAUUCGCCCAUCGUGGCAGACAGCAAGUACAUCGAAGUGGGUGAAGGACCCGCUGCUCUACAGGGGAAAUUCCACACUAUCAUAGACUUUCCAUCUGAAAGGAAGAGACCGCCAAGUAAGAUGAAGAAAUCUCCGGUUGGAAGCUGGCGCUCCUUCUUUAACCUAGGGAAAUCCUCGUCUCUCUCCAAGCGGAAAUUACAGCGCAACCCGAGUGAGCCUUCUGAAAUGAAAGCCAUAGCCCUGGCAGGAGGACGAGGAGACAGUGGGACCCUGCGCUCCGCCAAGAGUGAAGAGUCCCUCUCGUCGUUACAUGCCAUAGAUGGUGAAUCUAAAUUGUUCCGGCCCAGAAGACCGCGGUCCAGUAGCGAUGCCUUGUCUACCUCCUUUAACGGGGAGCUCUUGGGGAACAUGAACCGCUGCAAUUCCUACGACAACCUGCCCCAUGACCAGGAGAGCGACGGGGAGGAAGGGCACAUCCACGUCCCCGCUCUCAUCUCCCCGCGGUCAGCCGAGGACGUUGACCUGAGCCCGCCUGAGAUCGGUGUGGCGAGCCUGGAUUUUGACCCCAUGUCUUUUCAGUGCAGCCCUCCCAAAGCAGAGUCCGAGUGUCUCGACAGCAGCACCUCCAUGCUGGAGUCUGUAGACUUUAAUAAGGAUAGACAGAGCACCUUUAAGAAGGAGCUGGACUCCGGCAGCCAGUCUCAGACGCCGGGCAGUGCCACGAGCUCUGAACCAGUCUCCCCCUAUCAAGAGAAGACCAUGAGUCACUUCUUCACGCUAGACUUGAGUACGACGGAAGACAAAUCAUCCAAGCCCCAGUUGUUCUCCGAGAAGGCAGGCCACGCCUUUUCCCCCAAGAUGGAACGGAAGCCGCAGAAGUCUCCGCCCCAAAAUGUAUUAGAGCCCGUCUCCUUCGCUCUACCCAGCCGGGUACCAGAUGUCAUUGGCGGCUUAUCCGGGAGCUUCGGUGUGCCAGAGUGGACUAGAGGGAACUCCAGCACCAGCGAGGCCCUGAGCAGGUCCCCACCGGAGAUGAUAAUAUCACCCUUGAAAGCCAUUGAGCUGAGGCCAGGUGAAGGACACCACAGCCAAGAGCUCCAGAGCCAAGGAGACACUAGGAAAGCCGAACUCCAAGAAGAGGUGGAGCAGCCCCUGGCCAGCAGCAGCCAGAGUAAGCCUGUACCUUCUGGACAGACGCAGCCAGGAGUGGUUGCCCUCGACUCCCCCCAGGAUCCCGUGCCAGUCAGUUCUGUCUCUGUUGUCCCUCCUCCUCCACCGAAAAAUGCAGCACGCAUGCUAGCCUUGGCCCUAGCAGAGUCUGCCCAGCAAGCCUCUGUUCAGUCCAACAGGAAACCAGAUGCUCUUUCAGACUGUAUCACCUAUGCAGAGGUGGAGAGCGGAGGAACUGUAGAAAUGUUCCAUCCAUAUUCUGGUGUCACUCCAGAGAAGCUUCAACUCUAUGCUGCUCUGCCAGAGAAUCAGCUCAGUUUUCAGCUCAGUUUUCAGGCUGCCACUCCUGGAGACCACCACAGAAGUGGACUACCUGUAGACCAGGGCUUUCCUGACAGUGGCAUGCCCGAGGGCAGCAGCCAUUCUCACGUUGGCACACCCGGAAAUCGGGACCACUCCCUUCUCCCUACUGACAUUCCUGGAGAGCUGCAAAGUGGCACAGAUAUGGGCUGGGACCACUCCCACUUCCAUCCUCGUGGGUCGGGGGAGACUCACCACCUCGCUCACUCUGUUCUGUCCGAGGGUCAGAACCACCCUCACCUUUGCGCUCGGGGAGCGGUGGAGCCAGAGCCACCCACCGCAGAAGCACCUGCACAAAACUCUCACCUCCACGGCAGCCUCCCUAUGGAUAAGAACCAAAUCCAGACCAACAAGCUUCACUUUCCUGUCUGCACCGCAGAAAAUAUGUAUCAGUUUCUUCCUGCAACCAUUGGGGAGAAAACAGCCACAACGGUUGCUGCAUACAUGACGACGGUUCCGGUGACAGCAACCGAAACGGAACCUGUAGCAUCCGGCCAGCACGGUCCCAUCCAUCCUGCCGCGGCAACUCCCAAUGGCACAUGGGGAGAUGUUGCGCUCAUGACUGCUCAGCACGCUCUUGCCGCCAGCCAUGCAGCCCCAGCGCAGAGACCGGGAGAGCAUCAGCCCGCUGUGGGACAAGCGCCGGUGACAGCCGUCAAACCUCCCAGUGGCCUGGGCCAGGCACAAGAAGAGGCGACUCCAGAGAAACUGCCUGAGCCACGGUCAGCUGAGCCAGCUCUCGUUUUCAUCCCCGAGGGCAGUGCUACUAUCCAGUGUACGACGGCCAUCCCUGUAGCCACGCUCCAUCAAGGCCACUUGGAAAAGCCCCGUGAGAACGCCAGAGCUCCCACUUUGCACUUGCGUUCUGAAUCUGUCCCGGCUCACUCCUAUGGAUUUACACCUCCAGUCCCGCCUGUGAGGACAAUAGAGAGUAAAAUUGCUGCAGCCAUGCAUUCAAACAGUGCAGAUCCUAUUAAUCCCUCCAGUUACCAUUCCUUUCUUGCUGCUUCUUCUCUGCCGUCAUCAGUGGAGGACGCUCUGCCGCCGCCUCCCCCACCCAAACACGCCUCUCUUCAGUCUUCAUAUUUCUCACAUUCCAAGUCCGAGAACACCCCGGAGCCCCCAGCAUUGGACAACUGUGUGCAUCACAAGCCUACAUCCAUCCACCAGUACAGGGCCGAAAGCAUCCCGCCGCACCUGUAUCACAGCAAGUCCGAGCAACAUCCCGGCUGUCCUUCUCUGGCGGAAACCCCCACGUCUGCGGUUCCCAGGUACAAUGUGUACGCCUCACAAGGGAAGAGCGCCUCUGUCCACCACUCCAAGCCUCGCAGCCGGGUGGAGUACAUGUCCUCCAUGAGCCCUACGAUGAGGAGCACCAGUUACGUAGAGGAGACGCCGCCCUACCCCUCCAUUCGGCGCGUGCACUCGCUGCACGUUGCUACUCCGUCCACCAUCCGAUCAGUUCCCAUAUCCCGUACGGAGGUGCCUCCUGAUGAUGAGCCGCUCUACUGCCCAAGGCCUCUCUACCAAUUUAAGCCAUAUCAGCCCCAUGCGGACUAUCACGUCACCCAGCUGCAGCCUUACUUUGAGAAUGGCCGUGUUCAUUAUCGGUAUAGCCCCUACUCAAGCUCCUCCAGUUCUUCCUGCUACACCGCUGCCGACGGUGGGUUUUAUGAUCUGGAUCCGUACGGAACAGUGCGACUGAGGCAGUGCCAUCCUCUCUCUGGUCGAGAUUUUGCAUCUUACUCCAGGCUGCAGGGCAAAGGCUUGUGCCGCUAUCCUGGCCUGCCGCUGUACCCCCGGGGUGGCCUCGCCAGCCACCUGACUGGCAAAGAGCACAGCUUCAUCAGCCGGGACGUGCCGCCCGCUCCGGAUGUCAAACCCAUGUAUGUCUCCUGGGAUCUGGAGGACAUGGAAAAGUAUCGUAUGCAGUCCAUCCGCAGGGAAAGCCGUGCACGCCAGAAAGUGAAAGGGCCUGUCAUGUCCCAGUAUGACAACGUAGCCCCCUUGCUGCAGGACGAGUUGCGAACGGUCGAUGUUGUUCACUUGCGCAGUAAAUCUGAUCCUGGGAAAACUGGCCUUCUCACUGUUGCUGAUGGGAAAGAAGGAAGGUAUCCUUGCAAGGUUGGGACCCCUGAGGGGGACGAACGCUACUAUGUGCCACAUCCGGACACCGACUUAGACAGAUCCCAUUACCAUGGAAACUAUGGGAAUGGGCAGUCUGAGAAACCUUCCCUCCCUCAAAAGCAAAGCAGCAUCAGGAACAGGAAACCACACGAGGCGGGUUGUAAUUCGACCGAGCACAGAACGCAUCUUCAGCACGACGUGAGCCAUAGGCAGCCCCUGGAAUCUAAAAACGGGCCCCUGUAUGCUGAUUACCGACCAAAGGGGCACCAGGAGCCACUGGAAUCGAUGGCCUACCAGCACUCUGGUGGCGGGAAAUACGUUCCAGCCAGCCACGAUGCCUUGAGACUGAAUCAUAAAGAGCUGAAGCUGCCAGAGGACAGGCCCGAAGCAGAGCGGCCUCGAGCCAGGCAGGCCGCUGCUGCUGCUGAAAAGCACACCAGAGACUGCUACAAAGAGGGCGAGCACUAUGGGCAGCCCGCGGCACCGCCCCCGAAACCAGAGCGGAGCCACAGCCUCCGGCUCCAGCACCCCGAGAGUGUAGAGCGGGACCCCGGCCUCCUUUACCCGUACCAAACCCUCGGCAAGCGCCAAAGCACCAUGACUGUGGUGUCGCAGUACGAUAAUUUGGAUGACUACCAUACCAUGCCUCAGCACCAAAGAGGGGGCUAUGCUGGAGGAGGGGGGUUCGUCCCCCCCUUUUCGCAUCCGCACAGCAGGACCUAUGCCACGGCCUUGGGCCAGGGGGCCUUCCUUCCCUCCGAGCUCUGCCUGCAGAGGCCUGAGACUGAGAUCCAUGCGGAGUGAGGCUCAAGGGGGCGGGAGGGAUAGAGUGUGAGCAGCCUCUGCUGGACAGCGGACUGUUUUAUUUUUUCAGUGAUACACA